CUCCUCCCGCUCCUCCUCCUCCUCCUCCUCCUCCCGCUCCCGCUCCUCCUCCUCCUCCUCCUCCGCCGCCGCUGCCCGGCCGCCCGGGUGAAGCUGGGUCUGUAGAGGGGUGCUGAGCCUGCUCCCAGGCCUGACGGGAAGGACCUGACACAGCCCAAGUGCCUGCACCAGUCCCGGUGUUCAAGAUGUCAUUGAAGGUGCAGACGAGCAACAUCACGAACAAGAAUGACCCCAAGUCCAUCAACUCCAGAGUCUUCAUUGGCAACCUCAACACAGCCGUGGUCAAGAAGUCAGACGUGGAGACCAUUUUCUCCAAGUAUGGGCGCGUGGUGGGCUGCUCAGUCCACAAGGGCUAUGCCUUUGUGCAGUACUCCAACGAGCGGCACGCGCGGGCGGCCGUGCUGGGCGAGAACGGGCGAGUGCUCGCUGGCCAGACCCUGGAUAUCAACAUGGCGGGGGAACCUAAACCCAACAGACCUAAAGGGCUGAAGAGAGCAGCCUCCACCUUGUACAGUGGCUACGACUUCGACUACGACUAUUACAGGGAUGACUUCUACGACAGGCUCUUCGAGUACCGGGGCCGUGUCUCCCCGGUGCCCAGGGUGGUCCCGGUGAAGAGGCCCCGUGUCACCAUCCCCCUGGUCCGGCGUGUGAAGGCCGCCCUCCCGGUCAAGCUCUUCGCCCGCUCGGCCGCCAUCGCCAACAGCUCGGCCAGGCUGAAGUUGAAGUGCAGCGAGCUGCAGACAAUCAAAACUGAGCUGACACAGAUCAAAUCCAACAUUGAUGCUCUCCUGGGCCGGCUGGAGCAGAUUGCUGAGGAGCAGAGGCUGUCCACAGAGGUUCGGAAGAAGGCGGAUGGCAGCAAAAGUGAAGUCUCACAAGAAGACACAGCAUCAGAGGCAGAGGCCAACACGGAGGAGCCGCUCAACGGGGACGAGGGUGAGGAGGAAGGUCUCGCACGGGAUGAGUGUGAAGAUGAACUGGAGAACAGCCAUUACACAGAUGUGGAGGAUGCCAGACUACAGUAACCAGCCCCUUCAGACCAGCAGUGAGCACCAGUGUGAGGAAAGCACGAGGCUAAACCCUGUCCUGGCACGUUGAGCAAGACAAGCCGAAUCCAAGUGCUGCUGUCAUCUCUACCUGGCAUUCGAAGGAGAAACAUGGCCCGACACCUUCCAUUCAUCUGUAAAGCAAAGACAAAGAUAAACUCAUCAUCCCAGUGAACCCCCUCUACCCCGUGGAAUGGAUUCAGAGCUCUGCAGCCAGCAGAGGUGGGAACUGAACCCUGCACAGCCCACAACCAUCGCUGGGCGGCUGUGUCACCAAACAAGUCAGAGAUGUUCUAGAGCUUUUUUGUAGGAGAGGAGGGGGAACUCAGCCUGGCCCAAAACAGACCUUUUUUUUCCCCGUGCUUGGUGAGAGCCAGAGUAUUUGCUAACUGGGGGAAAAGUACUGUCUCAGUUUGGACAAUUGUUCUCACAUUGUUGAAGAAGAAGGUGUGGGGUGAGCUGUGGUCAUCUCCUCCCCUGUCUCUUUUGCCCCAUGAGCCACAAUGGGUACACGGUCACCUGGUGGAAAGGAGUGGGUGCUGGUGCAUCUGUCCUGCUCCUCACAGCUGCCUGGAGAGAGGGGCAGGGGAAAGGACACUGCCUGCAAGAAAGCAAGUGAUCCCAGCCAGGAGAACCAAAGCAUACAUCACCGUCAGGAGUUUGGUCUCCUCGUCUCCACUGUCUCCACUGUCAAGGCUGAGCACGUCUCUGCAGGGUGAGGGGGUGCAAGCAUGUGUGGAGUAGACCCUUUUCUUGGACUAGCUGCUCCCUGGGAGGGAUGUAACCACCUGCCCAGUGCCAGAGGCAUCAGCCCCUUCCCCAGGGUGCUCAUGUCUCCUCGGGGCCCAGCUUGGCUCUCCACCCUGAGCUGGCAGGGCAGGAGAGCAGCCCUGGCAGCAGCUCCUGGCUCAGCAGCUCCUGGUUCAGCAGCCCCUGCUCCUGGCUCAGCACCAGGCUGCCCAGCACCCGCUGAGCCUGAGCAGAACAAGACUGGUGAAGACCCCCAGCACGAUGCAUGUGGCUGUGCCAGCACCUCCCCUGCCUGCCCCAGUUCCAGCUGCUUUUCACCCAUGCCCUGGCCUGAGGGCAAAGGUCUCUCAGCCUUUCUCUCCUUGUCCGUUCCUCCUUCAUGGGUUUAUCCAGAUGUUCUGUGUUCAGGGGCAGAUGGGACUGAAGCUCACACAGCACUUUAUUCACAUCAGAUGUGUCCUGCCCAUCACCCCUCUUACCCUCCGAAACACACCCACCCACAUCAGAGCUUUGGAUCCAGAAUGGUGUCCACACCUUCUCCUUGGUCAAACCCUCCCACCAACCGUGUGGCCCCCAGGGUCUCUGGAGUGCUCUGGAAAGGGACUCCUGCUUCCUGCUCCAGGCUGAAAGCCAGACCUCAUCCACAGCAUCUCUCUUGGAAGGGUGAAGGGGACAAACAGGUCCUGGGGACAAGGCUUCCCUCCCCUGAGGACCAUCCUGGAGCAAGCAGGGCUCUGGAAGCACAACGAUUUCUUUGCAUUUCUUGGUUUCCAGUGAUUCAGGAGGGAUUCAAGGGAUAACUGUGCUCUCCCCUCCCUUCUUCUGGUUCCUGUACAAUUGGUCCAUUGUGUUGUACUGAGCCCUUGUAGAGCUGUUUUCUAGGCUUUGAGAGAUGAGCUGCAGUUUUUGCUAUGAACUGACUGUGAUGCUGAUGUUUGGGAGAAAGGUGACCUUGUACAUACAAUCCUGUAUAAUAAAAGAAAGAAAUCUAA